UAUGUAAGUGUAGAUGGGCAGGGCCAGGCGCACAGCACUGGGGUGGAGGGCUCAGUCUUAUCUGCUGCAUGGAACAGGCACAGGCUUGGGAUUUCUCCUCUGAGAACCUGGGGAUCUUGGACAUCAGAACUUUGCACAGUCAGAUCGACAUGUGUAUGCGGAACGCCCUAUAGAUGAAGAAACACUGACACUAUGUGGAGACCUUACAGAAAUGCAGCAACAUAAAACGUGUAGGUUUUGGAUGAAAAGUCAAAAUACAUGGGAAACCAACAAUCUGUGCUAGGAUUAUAUGCUCCUGGAUGCUGCUGACCAUACGCCUUUUGCCGCUUGGAUAUGGUUGUUGAGGUCCAGUCAAGGUUCUAAGCUUUGAGAAGACCAGCUGUGAACCAUGGAUGGUGUAACACACCAAUAUCACCUGAGCCGGUUGUAUAGGGAGUACCAAAACAAUAGCGUUAUUGCUCUUCAUUACAACUACACAGGCAAGCUGAGCACCAGCAGAUACAAGGGGGGACUCAAAGCUGAGGCUGUGGUUUUUUUGGUGGUAUGCGUCCUCAUCGUUCUGGAGAACCUCAUUGUACUCUUGGCUCUAUGGCGCAACAAGAAGUUUCAUUCGCCUAUGUUCUACCUCUUAGGCAACUUGACUUUGUCUGAUCUCCUGGCUGGAGUGGCAUACAUGGUUAAUAUUGUGUUGUCGGGGGCAAACACACUCCGAUUGACCCCAGUCAUGUGGUUUGUCAGGGAAGGGGGUGUUUUUGUUACACUCACUGCUUCGAUCUUCAGCCUGCUUGCAAUUGCCAUAGAACGUCACAUCACCAUGGUUCGUAUGAAGCUCUACAGUGGAGACAAAAAGGGACGGAUGGCGUUGCUUGUAGGCGCAAGUUGGCUUGUCUCUAUCUUGUUGGGGGUCCUUCCAAUACUGGGAUGGAACUGUAUCACAAUGCUUCCUUCUUGUUCUACAAUCCUACCCCUAUAUUCAAAGGAUUACAUAUUGUUCUGCAUCACCAUCUUUCUGGCCAUUCUCAUCUCCAUUGUUGUCCUCUAUCUACGCAUCUAUAGGAUUGUCAAGCUGAACAGUCAAAGGCUGGGAACUCUACGGAAGGGAGCACUGAGAAAGUCCCAAAAAUACAUGGCCUUGUUAAAAACUGUAACCAUAGUGGUAGGAACCUUCAUUGGCUGUUGGCUUCCUCUUUUUGUCCUUCUCCUCUUCGAUGUGUCAUGUGAGGUCAAUGCAUGCCCCGUCCUACUAAGAGCUGAUUAUUUUCUUGGUUUGGCCAUGAUCAAUUCUCUUUUAAACCCCAUCAUCUACACCUUGACCAGCAGAGACAUUAGAAGAGCCAUUCUGAAGCUGGUCUGCUUCUUUUGCUUUGUCAAUGAGGACGGAGAGACCAGAGGGAGAUUUGGAUUCUUUCCCGUCAUUGAACGAAGCACAAGCAAAUCCGAAAAGUCAUCACACAAGCAAGAGGGUUUGGAGACUACCGUGUCUUCAGGAAAUGGGACUCCCACGCCUGUCAAGUCUCUUGUGACCAAGAAGUACUGAGCCAAGCCAAGAACCAUCAAAAUACUUUUGUAUCUCUAAAAGGGAAUUAUCGAAGCCCCCUAAAUGUUAUCUGACUGGAUUGAAAAUUAUUAAUUGUAUUGGAAUGUUUCCAGGAACAAAAAAGUUAAAUGGCAGAUUGUUUUCAGUUGUUAAAUGUAGCAGGCAUAUACAUUUCCAUAAAUGUUCCUAAUUUGAAGCCAUGUAUAGGAUACAAACUGUUUUUUAAAUUAUCAACGAUAACCAAGAAAAAGGAAAGAAACCGGCACUGUAAAUAUGCAUGCAACGUGUGGAUCUGACGCACCGAGGCUGUAUAGGAGGUGUCGCUAGGACUCUCGAUAUAACAUGUGGUACUCACGAAAGAAUAUACAGUCCAUGAAUAUAACGAGAAAACAGAUGUAACGGAGCACUCACCCGAUGACUAGGAAAAUCCAGAGGCACGAGACCGUAAACUUCGGACCGGAGCGGGGAGGCGGCAGUUGGAAAACAGAUGUAACGGAACACUCAUCCGAUGAAUAGGA